AUGUUUACGUAUCAGAAUUAUCUCACCCUUGGGUCAGUACUACUGGCACAGACGGUGUUGGGUUACCCCCAGGGCGCGGUCCUCAACCCCACAUUGAUCACCAGAGACAAUGAGUUCAUCUUUUCCGCCAUCGGCGACUCAUGGGGAAGCGGAGUUCAAUGGAGCGACGACACCGCAUAUGACGGAAACGAAGAUGGAUGCAUGCGCUACAAGUACGCCUGGUCAACCAUAGUCAACGACAGAUACAAAGACUGGACGCCAAGCCCAGACCAAGGUUCCCUGUUCGAGUUCAGAGCCUGUUCCGGCGCCCAUCUGGGACAAAACAUUCACGACCAGAUGGACAAGUUGACACGACCCAAGAUGACACUACUCGAAGCCGGCGGGAACAACGCUCAAUUCUACGAUAUGGCCGACUUCUGCCUCUUUCAUUCCGACAGGAACAAAGAUUAUGGAACGAAAUACGAAGACGAUGAUGCCGAGAAUCCGACAGGAAAGUGCAGGUUAGAGAUCAAGGAAGUAAGGAACAGAGUUGGAGGCGGUCUUAAGCAGGCCGUCUUAGAUACCAUCGAGACCUGGAGGUACCACCCUGCUGUCGGCGGCAACGACGCGACUCUGUUCAUGUUGGGAUAUGCACGUUUCUUUGCUCUUGACGACGCGUGCAAUGACUGGGAUUUUGGCGUCCAGUAUCAGAACUCCAGCCAGACACAAACUAUCAAAAAAGAGAUGCGACAGGAAUUCAAUGAUCUAGUCGACGCCGUGAACCUUGCGAUCCGCUCCUCCGUCGAACAAUACAACGACCCCAAAAUCCAAUACAUCGACAUCAACCCCGCUCUCGAAGGCCACCGCUUCUGCGAAAAAGACCACAGCUGGUGGUCGCAGUUCAACUACGGGUCCAAAGUGCACAUCUGGAACAACCCCGCCCGCUUCGCCGUUACCAUCCACGACGGCGACAGCGUCACCACAUACGAGUCCAGCGACGACCCCGGCGUCCCCGGCCCACCCGAGGAUAUCGUGGAGAAACUACGUGGCUACCCAGAAGGCGAAGCCGUGCAGCAGGAACAAUACACCGUACUCACCUUCCGCGACCCCGCGAACCCGAGUCUAUGGAUGGAAUGGAAGGUUGAGCCACAGCCUCUGGAUGGAGGCAGUGGGAGUAAGGAUGGUCGUAUCGCGAGGACGUUGCAUCCCACGCAGGACGGGCAUAAGGAGAUGGGUGAUCUGAUUGUCGAGGCGCUCAAGAAGAAUUAUAGGCCUGAUGGGUCGGGUCCUGAGCCGCCCUCGCAGCCGAAGCCGCCGCAGCCGGAAACUACUGUGCCCGGGUUUAGUUGUCCGGCGGGGUGCACUUGUAAUGCUGGGGUUCCGCUUUGUGCGUAG